CGUCACCCGCUUUUGACAAGGAGAACGGUUUCGUGAGUCUGUGGCUCUAAACUUCCAAAGUAUCGGAGCGUCCUUGAAAGCUGAAACUCUCGUGAGGGGACAGCACGAAAAGCAAGCUUUGAAGAAAGCAUCAAUGAAUUAGAGCGAGAGCAACAGUACUUGGUCGAGGGCGGUUGUGUUGGGUCGUAUGGGGGAGGUGUUGUGCGGGCAGAAUAAAGUUGAAUCAAAAGAAACGCGAGGCAUUCAUUUCGCAUGGAGUAGAAGAAGAAACCAUUCAAUGUCAUGAAAGCGACAGUAGUACGCCAGUGUGUGAUUGUGCUGAUGAUGGAAAGCAAGGUGUUUUUAGUGUUUGUUGUUAGUGUAUUGUGCCGCGCCGUGUGCUAGAGAGAGAGUGUGUGUGUGUGUGUGUGUGCUGCGCGUACCUGUGCGUACGGUUUCGUGCAGGUGUUGCGGUGGUGGUGGUGGUGGUGGGUUGCGCAGGGUUUUGACACAUUACCCUUCGCAAUCUGCUCAUUGCAUCCCAAAGUCCCCCCCCCCCAUCCCCAAAACCAACUCUCUGAGGCUGAGGGUUUCCGGAGCUGCUGCAGCAUAGCGACGACGGACGCGCGCGCGGUCCAACGCACACUUUCUUCCUCGGGCGGAAAACGGAAUCAUCAUCAGUGAGAAACCAUGUCGGACAAAAUCAGAGUAGCCGUGCGGGUUCGCCCGUUCAACCGGCGAGAACUCGAACUGGCCACAGAAAACGUGAUAGAAAUGAAUGGUACACAGACGAUUUUGAAAUAUCCUGCCAGCCUAGAUAAAAUGGAAAGGAAGCCGCCGAAGAUCUUCGCUUUCGAUCACUGCUUCUACUCGACCGAUGCGAACGCGAACAACUUUGCGUCACAGGAGCUCGUCUUCAACAACAUCGGUCGGGACAUACUGGAGAACGCGUUCCAGGGCUACAAUGCGUGCAUCUUCGCGUACGGCCAGACCGGCUCGGGCAAAUCGUACACGAUGAUGGGCAGCCAGGACAGCAAGGGCAUCAUACCGCGGCUGUGCGACGAGCUGUUCGCCUCGAUCGCCGCCAAGCAGACGGACGAGCUGAACUACAAGGUGGAGGUCUCGUACAUGGAGAUCUACAACGAGAAGGUGCACGAUCUGCUCGAUCCAAAGACGGCCAAACAGUCGCUGAAGGUGCGCGAGCACAACGUGCUCGGACCGUACGUCGAUGGGCUGUCGCAGCUGGCAGUUACGUCCUUCCUGGACAUCGAUAACCUGAUGGCAGAGGGCAACAAAUCGCGUACGGUUGCAGCAACGAACAUGAACUCGGAAUCGUCCCGGUCGCAUGCAGUGUUCACCGUUGUGCUGACGCAGACACUAAUCGACACGCUGUCCGGGGUUACCGGCGAGAAGGUGUCACGCGUGUCGCUGGUCGAUCUGGCCGGUAGCGAGCGGGCGGUGAAAACUGGCGCCGUCGGCGACCGGCUGAAGGAGGGCUCAAACAUCAACAAAAGUCUUACCACGCUCGGUCUGGUGAUAUCGAAGCUGGCCGACAGUACGGGCGGCAAGAACAAGGACAAGUUUGUGCCGUACCGCGACUCGGUGCUAACGUGGCUGCUGAAGGACAAUCUCGGCGGCAACUCGAGGACGGUGAUGUUGGCCACACUGUCACCGGCGGCGGACAAUUACGAGGAGACGCUGUCCACGCUCCGGUAUGCGGAUCGGGCGAAGCGAAUCGUCAACCACGCGGUGGUGAACGAAGAUCCGAAUGCGCGCAUCAUCCGCGAGCUGCGCAAAGAGGUGGAAACGCUGCGCGAGAUGCUGAAGCACGCCACGGGCAGCAACUUUGGCGACAUGAAGCGCGUCGACAUUCACGACAAGCUGGCGGAGAGCGAGAACCUGAUGAAGCAGAUUUCGCAGACGUGGGAGGAGAAGCUGGAGAAGACGGAACAGAUCCAAAGCGAGCGACAGCAGGCGCUGGAGAAGAUGGGCAUUAGCGUGCAGGACAGUGGCAUCAAGGUGGAGAAGAACAAGUACUAUCUGGUCAAUCUGAAUGCGGAUCCGUCGCUGAACGAGCUGCUGGUGUACUACCUGAAGGAGGAAACACUGAUCGGUGGCCGCAGCAGCAGUGGCAGCAAGCAGCCCGACAUUCAGCUGCUCGGGCUCGGCAUCCAGCCGGAGCACUGUCUCAUCACGAUCGAGGACGGCGAACUGUACAUGGAUCCGAUUGAGAAUGCGCGCUGCUACGUGAACGGGUCUGUCGUGAGCGACAAAAUGGCGCUGCACCAUGGCGAUCGUAUCCUGUGGGGCAACCAUCACUUUUUCCGCGUCAACUGUCCAAAGUCGGCCACAAACAGCACGGCACUGGGUGCCUCGGAACCGCAGACACCGGCACAGCACAUGGAUUACUACUACGCGCAGGAAGAGCUGAUGCAGAACGAGCUGAGCAACAAUCCGAUUCAGGCGGCUAUCUCGCGGCUCGAGAAGCAGCACGAGGAGGACAAGCAGGUGGCGCUGGAGAAGCAGCGGCAGGAGUACGAGAAGCAGUUCCAGCAGCUGCGCAACAUCCUGUCGCCGACGACUCCCUACGCACCGUACGCACCGUAUGAUCCGUUCCGGCUGGGCAAGCUGCCACCGAACACGCCGACGGCGCAGCUGCGCGUCGAGAAGUGGGCGCAGGAGCGGGACGAGAUGUUCAAACGAUCGCUGGGCCAGCUGAAAACGGACAUCGUGCGGGCGAACGCGCUCGUGCAGGAAGCCAACGUGCUGGCGGAGGAGAUGGACAAGCAGACCAAGUUCAGCGUUACGCUGCAGAUUCCGCCGGCCAAUCUCAGCCCGAACCGGAAGCGCGGUGCGUUCGUGAGCGAACCGGCCAUUCUGGUGCGGCGCAUGAACUCGGGCAGCCAGAUCUGGAGCAUGGAGAAGCUCGAGAACAAGCUGAUCGACAUGCGCGACAUGUACCAGGACUACAAGGAGCGCCACCAGGCCGCGAUGGAGGAGGCGAAGGCAAAGUCGGAUCCGUUCUACGAGUCGCAGGAGAACCACAACCUGAUCGGUGUGGCAAACAUCUUUCUGGAGGUGCUGUUCCACGACGUGAAGCUGGACUACCACACGCCGAUCAUCAGCCAGCAGGGUGAGGUGGCGGGCCGGCUGCAGGUGGAGAUAAGCCGCGUGGCCGGCACCUUCCCGCAAGAUCGUAUGUGCGAGUCGGCCUCCGAGAGCUCGGCGGACAGCCACGAGGACGAUGAGGACUCGCCGGACACGCCGUCACCGCCGCCGCCCACCAACAGCAAUCAGAUCAGCUGCCGGAUCAGCAUCAAGCAAGCGUCUGGGCUGCCGCUCUACCUGUCCAACUUUGUGUUCUGCCAGUACUCGUUCUGGAACCACGAGGUGGCGGUAGUGCCGGCGACCAAUCAGGAGGUAGCCGGCCACAACCAAAACAUAACGUUCAAGUUCGACCACGAAGCGGACUACAUCGUGACGAUGAACGAGGAGUUCCUCGAACACUGCUCGGACGGUGCGCUCUCGAUCGAGGUGUGGGGACAUCGAUCGGUCGGUUUCUCCCGCAUGAAGGACUGGGAGGUGGAGCAGCAGCAGGCCAAGGCUCGCUCGCUAGCCGACCGUUGGGCGGAGCUGUCGCGCAAGAUCGAGCUGUGGGUGGAGAUCCACGAGCUGAACGACAAUGGUGACUGGGCACCGGUAGAAGUACAGUGCGCCCGGGACAUGCUGACCGGUGGCGUGUAUCAGCUGCGGCAAGGGUUCCAGCGGCGGGUGAUGGUGCGUGUGAAGCCGGUGCAAAACUCUGGCACCCUGCCGAUCAUCUGCCAGUCGAUCAUCAACGUAUCGAUGGGAUGCGUAACCGUCCGCUCGAAGCUGCAAAAACCGAUGGACUCGUACCAGGAGGAAGAUCUGACCGUGCUGCGAGACAAGUGGAGCGAAGCGCUCGGACGCCGACGGCAGUAUCUGGACCAGCAGAUCCAGCGAUUGAUCAACAAGGACGACAAGACGGAACAGGAGAAGGAACGCGAGCAGAGCCUGGUGAACCAGUGGGUCUCGCUGACGGAGGAGCGAAAUGCCGUACUGGUACCGGCUCCCGGGUCCGGCAUUCCGGGUGCACCGGCCUCCUGGGAUCCACCGCUCGGCAUGGAACCGCACGUUCCUGUCCUGUUCCUCGAUCUCAACGCGGACGAUCUGUCGACGCAAGGCCUGUCGAACGAUGAGGUUCCGAUGGCCGGGCUGAACUCCAUCCUGCCGAAAGAGCAUGGCAACAAGUUCUACAACUUGCAGAUAAUCCAGCACCUGGACAAGGACAUUUGUGCUAUUUGCAGCUGGGACUCGUCCAUCCACGAUUGUGCGGCAUUGAACCGUAUCACGGAGGCAAACGAGCGCGUCUAUCUGAUACUGAAGACGACCGUACGACUUUCGCAUCCGGCGCCAAUGGACCUGGUGCUGCGCAAGCGGCUGGCCCUGAACAUCUACAAGCGCCAGAGCUUCACCGAUCGGCUGAAGAAGCUGCGCAUCGGACGGGCGGAGUCACUGUCGCUGCAGUCGGGCGUAACGUACGAAGUGGUGUCCAACAUUCCGAAGGCAUCGGAGGAGCUGGAAGAUCGCGAGUCGCUCGCACAAAUAGCCGCCACCGGGGACGAUUGUUCGGCAAGCGAUGGUGAAACCUACAUCGAAAAAUAUACCAAAGGAGUAUCGGCCGUGGAGAGCAUUCUGACGCUUGAUCGGCUACGACAGAGCGUUGCGGUGAAGGAGCUGGAGCAGGUCCGCGGACCGGCACUUUCUAUGCGCAAGACGGCCAGUGUGCCGAACUUCUCACAGGCCGUAAAAGAUGCCAGGGAGCUUAGUACGAGUCUCACCACCUCGAGGACAAUGCGAUUCUUCGAUGCCUCGUUCGAAUCGUUGUUGAGCAUUGGACGUUCGGAAUCGUACGCUGACUUGAAGAUGGGUCUUAACAAUGCGCAAAGCACCCGCGAAACAGCGAACAGCAGGCAAAAGAUGAAGAACAACAACGGCGAGGAAUCGUCCAGUUCGGGUUACGGUGCAGCUCGUCCCACAUUCCUCAAUCUCAAUAUCAAUCUGAAUUCCUUGCGACUUCAGCCAACUAAACCGUCCCCAGCCGCCAGUAAGUUGGCUCAACGGAUGACGACACUACACGAGGAGCCGCUUAUCAAGCAGAUUUGCUACGAGGAAGAGGGCGAAGACCACUUCAGCGAGCCGGACUAUCCCGAAUACAACGAUUUCUACGAACAGCCGAUGGGCAAGAAGCCAUCGCUGUCGAAGAUGAAAUCAUCGUACACGGUUGAAUCGUUCAUUGACAUCGACAAGCGCAGUCAAUCGGCCGGCGGUGAAGGCAUGAACUCGGCUGGCGGAAAGUUUGCAAGCAAGACGAAGGCAGAGUCAGCGUCGAUGGGUGGAAUCUCGUCAGCGCCAGUCUCUGGCGGCAGUGCAGGUGGUCCUGGAGCGAAAUAUCAAACCAUGACACCUAGCAUGAGCUCGUCCACCUCAAGCGGUUACGGAUCGCAGGCCGUAUCGUGCAGUAACCUCACCAACGAUGACACCUAUUCCAUCCGAUCAAUGAGCGUCGGAGAAACGCCAGAUACUAUGUCACCGUCCAACAAAAUGCAAGAACAAAUCAUGUCUACUAGCAGCAGCACCAAUGCCAAAUCGGAGGAGGAAUCAGUGACCUCUCCGACGACCUCAACGACCGCUUCUGAGCACACGCUGAUGGCGGAAAGCAUGGACAGCUAUAGCAGCAGUCCCACGACGCGGGCCCCGCUCGGUGAACUGCCGAAGCGUGUCAACCCGUUCCUGAAGGAUGCCAAUAUCGAAGCGUUUGACGAUGGCAUUGCCCAACUCGACGCUGCUAAAGAUGAGCAGCCGCAGCAGCAAGCAUCGGAGGAGGACGAAGGACUCGGUGGCGAACAGAGUCAGUCCGAAUCGACGACGACAAUGAGCGACUCCACGCAGAUGGUUGAUGAAAGCGAAGAAAGCGAUCAUAGCUCAGCUAACACCAAACACUCCUCAGAUGUGAUGGAAAGCAGCUUCUCCUCGACACCGGGCAAGCAGGAGAUCAUCCCGGAUUGGGUCGUUGUGGGCGAGUCCGUGCUAAUAAGACCGUAUAACACCAGCGGAGUGAUAGCGUUCGUUGGCGCUACACAUUUCCAGGGAGGAACUUGGAUUGGCGUGGAGCUGGACACGCCUACCGGCAAAAAUGACGGUACUGUGCAAGGCAUCCAGUACUUUGAUUGCCGCCCAAAGCACGGAAUUUUCGUGCGCUUCGAUAAACUGAUCCUGGACAAGCGUGGUCGAGCGAUGCGCGAGCUGAAGAAGGCAGAAAAGAUGAAAGCGGAACUUGCUGGUGGCAAGGGAGGACAAAGGCCACUGACCGGCGGCACCGGCACGGCAACGAAUGGACCACGCAAAUGAUACGCGUUCAAUCGUGGCCUCAGCAGCGCUCAGUGUUCGUCGAGGCCGUUCACGGGCCGGAUGCGGUUUGUGCCGAAAUCUGCCUCCGUUGCAGCAUUUAACCGCGGUAAGUAAAGGACAUCUCGCGUACAGCACACAGUUGGGUUGCCGGUGGCACAAGGAAGCGGAAACGCCAGAGGGACGGAGAGCUGGGAAAAGCCCAGUGCAGCGAUUUUUGCAAUCUUCAUACGCUCGUCAGCUUCUUCAGCCCAUCAGUACCUUCGGAAUGGCAGAAUCGCGGGGAGAAUUGCAAAGAGUCAUUUGAACGGAACGUGUGGGGGGUCACACAGCCACAGGCCCGACGAUGCAGAAUCCAUCCCUUCUAUCAAGAAGUUUGCUUGAUAUUUUGAUGAGAUGCUUUUUUCCUAUACAUUGACGUAGAACUAGAAGCUCGUGACCGAGUAGCAGUGACCGAUAGGCACUAGAGGCACUAGAAACAUACGCAUUAAUAGAGUCAUGCCGCGAACGCUCUUCUACCGCUCUAGAUAGUGAAUGGGAUACUACUACUCACCAUCAUGGCCAAUCUGGCGCGAUACGUGUGGGGAAGGGGGGGGGGGGAUGUUGGGGUCAUACAGUAAGCUGUAUGAUGCUACCUCCCUUCCUCCUCAUCAUCGUGCGAUGGUUGAGGGUGCAAAAUUAAGGUAAUCUUAUCAAAUUACAUACAUUUUACAACUACUCAUACCAUUAUCAAAAAAGAUGUGCGUUAAACCGGCCGACCGGUGGAAGUAAAGUGAAGGAUAGUAUCUAGUUUUACACGUCACGCUGGCGAAGUAGUAGAGUGAGCGUACGGCGGCCGAGUCAGUAGGCAAAAUGAAUCGAGCGUUUCUCACACAUGUCCAUUUCUUACACAUGUCGUUUUUGCAUAAAUGCAUCUGUAUGUUAGUUGCUGCACCUUGGUGUGAUCACACAAAAGUACCAGCCAAAAAGCAAAACAAAAACACACACACACACAACAAUACAGGACAGGCAAAGGACUCAUACGAAACCGUUGAACCGAGUUGCUUGCCGAUCACAGCUCGCGCGGAAGUUGAAGUUGUUUGUUUGAACUGCAAGCGUUUACGCCUUUCGAUAGGCAUUUUCGAACUGUUUGAACCCGAUUCCAUCCCGCUUUCGAUAGAAAACUAAAAAAGUUGAAACACAAUCUCUACACGUUUUUCGUCCGUUCAAUGUGAAGCUGUCGCUGAGGUGGGAGAAGUAGAAAACAGUCGCCGAGGAGGAGGUAGCAAAACAAAAGCUAACGUACCAUUUUCUGAGUGUAGUACAUUUUCUAUAUAUUAUGUUAGUGGGAAAAGAAGUAGAGCACAGGGGGGGGGGGGGGGGGUUCUAGCACUUUGCAGUUUGUUAGGCACGAGAAAACGGGAAUCGAUGGGCGAACGACUCGUGAGCAAUUUUCUGUCCGUUGGCACGAAAGUGCGGGGCGCGCAAAACCAAUCCAUUCCAAUUUGCAAUAAAAGCGAUUCCUUCCGUUGCAGUGAGGUUGCCCGUGGAAGUAGAGCGGCCCUCUUGAACACAUACACACACAUACACGCAAAGUAGGGCGCUAGAAGACAAGCCAGCACACCAACACGUCCAACAGUAGGCAACGCUAGUAUUCAUCCCCUGUGCGCUGGUGUUCCAUCCGGGAAGCGAUUUAGGAAGCUCGUAUUAAAUCAGUCCAUUCCGUUUCGAGUAUUGACAGCAGAUUAGUGUUGUGUGAGUGUAUCUGUAUAUCUGUAUGUGUGUGUGUACGUUGAAGGUAGAGCAUCCAUUCAUUCGAUCAGCAUAGGGGGAGAGCAGCACUGUUAGUCUCAGGUCACACAAACCCAUCUGCACGGUAGAGAACUAUUCACUUUGAUCAGCAACUGCUAGGGUUUGAGCUGUGCGGGGAAGCAUAUACAGUGCUGCACAAACACACACAUACGCGCACAUUUCUCGUUAGAUCGAACGUAGAAGGGGAAGAUGAUCGAAAAACGAUUGCUUUGGUGGCUAGGGUAACACUGGCCCUUCAGUGCUUAGCUCAACCGAAAGCGUCAAAACCGAAGCAGGCGAGGUACAAGACGGUUGUUUGUUGUUUAGUAUUAUUUGCUAGUGGCUGUGGCAAGCUUUCCAGCAAGAAGCGGCCUAAAGCAUGCCCAAAAGCAUGUCGAAA